AUGUCGCAGUGUUUGAAGCGUAAAGUCAUUUGCCCAGGUUACAAGCGUGAUCUGAGAUGGAGUGACAAGCACGAAGUCUUCAGCACUGGGAGGUGGGAGGAUGCUUCAGCACAAGAUGUACCAACAUCACUUUCAGUGAACGCCUUGGCCACAAGAACACCAGAGAUGCCUGAUGAAGCAUUUCACCCAUCGCUGGAAAGGCAGCAGGCUCAGAUGCUUCCUGCACAAUCGCUGGGCUCGGUGACAGAUGCGGCUUCCUCAUCACAAACACCACCCCAGCCUGUCGAUAGCUCAACCUCUACAACAUUUCCAGCUACUGGAGACAAAUUCAUCAGUUACGAGGACCGAUCAAGCACAGACAUAUUCCGCGAAGAUCUUCGGGAGUGGCUGGCGAGUCACGAGCCGAUUACUCUCCUGGAACAACAGGACUGGACCUGGACGCUGAAUGGUCUUCCAUUAAGCUGCGAUGAGCCUUCAACACUGGUAAAUACGCUCGACUGUCGCGUUGCGGCCGCUCCGCAGGGAAGCGAGUUGAAUCAGUCCUUGGUACAGUAUUUCUUCGACAACCUUUGUUGUAUUCAUACUGUUCUCGAUGAUACCGCGGAACGCUUCAAAGCACUUGUCCAUCGAUACCUCACCUCAUCUCCUCUUCUCCACAAAAGUAUCGUGUGUAUGUCAGCAGCCCAUUGUUUUCAGGAUGAUGAAUCUAUGCUGCCGAUGUGCUUAGAGUGUCAUUCAGCGGCGGUUAGAUCACUCUCUGUUGCGGUUUUCGAGAUCGAGACCGUGAUUGAGGAAUCGAGCGACUCUCCACGAAAUGCAGCAUUGGCCGAAAAUAAUAUGCUUCGCAAGUUGGAGGAGACACUACUGGCGUCUAUCAUCCUUGGAUUCUGUGCGGUAAGUGCUGUGGUGCUUUUUGAUGAAUGA